ACAAAUCACCAAAAAAUGUUAAAGUUUAUUGCUUGAAUUGUAGUUACAGAUAUUAAUUAGUGAGUCCCGCCUAUUGUCACAAAAAAUAAAGCACACAGCAGAAUUCAAGCAGAAUAAUUGGUUUCUGAGGUUCAAUUCGAGUUUUUUCUUAGUGCUCCCAUCGUCUGUUUCGUGCAGUUUUGGCAUUUUGCUGCCGUUCUGGCUUUCCCGCUGUUGUUGUUGCCGCCUAACGAUUUUUCCCGCAAACAACACGGCAAAGUGAAACGUGCCAGGCCAGAGGAAAAGCCAAAAUGAAAAGCCCCAAAAGGCGGCGAGAGAAAUGAGAGAACAUUAACAGCAAGGUGGCCGUAAUCGUAAAUCGCGAAUCGUAAACAGUUUUCUGGGCGCUGCGGGGAACCAGCUGAAAGUAACAGUCAGCCUGGUUUAUCGGAAUCGUUUUUGAUUUCCUGCCUUUGGCCUGUUUUCCCGUAUUCCGUAUUCCGUAUUUGGUAUUCGGUGGUCCGUAGUCCAUUUUCCGUGCUCUGCUUCUUGCCACUUCGCCAGCGUUCGCUUUUGGGGGUUUUCCUGCUCGUUUAGUUUCGGUUUCGGUUUCAAUUUCAGCCAGUCAGUCAGUCAGCUGCUGCUUUUCACGUGGCACGUGUCGUAUGAGUAAUAUUUUUCGGGUGCCCUUUCUCGCUUGCAGUCGCCUCUCCGCUUAGAAAACCACAAUGAUCAAAGACUGUUUAAUUGAUAUAUCAACUGACACAAAUAAAUAAAAUAAAGUGCUUAAAUCAAUCGCAAUUGCAAAGUGUUCAAAAUUCUUAAGCCUAACACCAAAAUUGCCAAUAUAACCGCAAAAGACAUUGAAUAAUUGGCUUUAAAAUCGAUUCUACGAAAUCGCAUUUUAAAUGUUCGACUGGAUUAAAUUUAACAAAGAAGCGUAGACGAAAUACGAAUGCAAAUUAGAUGCAAAAUAAAUGGGUAAAAUGAGGUCAAGUAAAUACGAUGUUACCACAGCUUACGGUCUAUGCCAAGAUUAUUUACCUCCUGAUGGUGGUGAUUUCAGGUGCAUUAUGUACAGUAGAAGAUUACGUAAUAAUGUCACAGUGUGCACACAACAAAGCCAUACACCUAGCUGCGGAAGGAACAGUCUCAGUGACAGACACUUCACAGAUACAAAAUAUAACGAUAGUCGGCUUCCCGGAUUAUCUGAACAACGAAUUCAAAAUAGCACUGUACGCAAAAGAAACUCAAAGAUAUUUGUGUUUCAACGACAAUUGGAGAUUAGUUGGCAUGAGGGAGCUGCGAGAUACCUGCUAUUUCAACGAGACCAUCGUGCACGGAUAUUUCGUGUUCCGUUCCGUUGUCGAUCUGCAGCGACGUGUCGGGUUCACGCACCGAGGUAAGCCUGUGGGGCCCAAGAAGAGCGUCAACGAUGCCUGCUACAUGUUCAACAAGAUCGAGGCCGAGCAGUUUUUCCGCCAUCACCACAACAAUGGCAACAGUGGCAACAACAAUGGCAAUGGCAGUGUGAAUGGCAAUGGCAGCAACAACAGUCGCAAGCCCCCGCGCAACAACAAAAACAAUCGCCACAAAUCGAAUAACCAAAAUCAAAAGUUGCAACAGCAACAGGAGCAUCAUGGCCAUAAUAAUAAUAAUAAUAACGUUAUUCUUAAUAAUAGUAAUACUAGUUUAAGUAGCACUAACAAAAAGCAAUUAGCGAUAAACAGGCAGAGGCAGCAACAGCAGCAACAUCAGGUGCGACAUCAUCACAAUGAUCCAUCGCUGCUGCUGCGACGACAGCAACACGAGAAGAAGCAGAAGCGGCGCAAGCAACAGAAGCAGCAGCAGCAAAACCAACAACGAGUAUCAGCUAGUCCAACGAAUCCGAUGCCUGCAACACCCACAGCAGCACCAGCAGCAACAGCAACCGUUGCAGCCACAUCCCCGGCAACAGCAACACGAUCGACAACAGCAGCAUUGAGCAGCAAGCGCAAGGGCCGGCGAAGAAAGCCCAAGGUCAGGCCAAAGGUGCAACAGCAACAGCAGAUGCAGCUACUUGCCACGGCAGCAACAUCACCCUAUACCGACGACACCCUGUACGGCAGCAGCAGUAGCAGCAGCAGCACGGGUUUCGAGGAUUUGGACAUCUACAAUAGCAGCAGCAGCUCCAGCUUGGAGCCCUGGUCCACUUGGUCCACGAUCGAUAGCUUUAGCGGCAGCAGCACAACAGCAACAUCUGACGACAGUAUUAGCAGCAGCAGCAGCAACUACGACGCCUGGGCCACCUACAUCACCGAAAUGGAGGCCGAGGCAUCGGCCAUGACGCCCGAGAUGGUCGGCAACGACACCGAGUUGCUGCAGUACGAGGCCGAGUUGGUGGACGAUCCGGAGGCGGAGUCCACGGCGACAAUUGAAACCAAAGCAACAUCAGCAACAUCAGCAAUAGCGGCAACGGCGGCCACAACUACCUCGACAGCGAGCUCCCAGCUGGUGAUAGAGCAGACGCCGCUGGCCAGGAGCAAUAAGAGCAGCAGCAGCACCACGAAAGCAACACCAACGGCAACGAGUCAGACUGAAACAGCACAGAGCACGCAACAGCCAAGCAGGCAUCGCAGCAACAGCAGGGAAGAUCACCCGGAUAAUGCCGACAUGUUGCUGGCGGGCGAGAACGAAGUGAAGCCACAACAGCCACGCAAGUUGCUGUGGACAGUGCAACCACCGCUCGCAACACGUGGCAGCACGCUAGCAACAUUGGUGGCAACACCAGAGCAACAAAACACCAGCACGACAGCAACAGCGAACACGACACCGGAGCAACAUGUUGCACCUUCACUCUUCAGCGUGGACAAGAACAUCAAUAGCAACCUGAACAACACGCUAACUGAGGCUUCUCCCACGGCAGCAUCAACAUCCAGCAUCACGGCCGCAACAACUAUGAAGAGACCCAUCCGGAAGUUUACCAAGAAGCUAAUGGCCACGCCCUACCACCAGCUGACCUAUGUGCGCAAUGCGGGCGGAGAUAUCGACAUCGAUAACCUGGACAACAUCAGCGUUUAUCCUGUUCUCUACAAUGGCGACCUGGAGGGGAAUGGCGGCGGCAACAGCUCCGACGGCGGCUUUAGCGGGUUCCUGCCCACCUCGACCACCUCACAUCUGACGGAACCGAUUCGCAUCGGCAUGAACAGGAUAAGGCCGAAUAAGACACUGCAUUGGUUCACUCACCAGAGAUUUGCGUAGUAGUCAGGGAUUGGCGCACUUUGGCUAUUAGAUCUUUAAAAGGAAUACUGUUCGAAAUUGCACUUUCACAGGCAAAAACAUUUAAUAGUGAAAAAA